CUACAGGCACUGGGAACUUGCAAGCAGCCAGGGACCGCUGAAAAUAGCACUUCUUUUUCUUUCUUUGUGUUCAAAACUAUUUUCUUUCUUCACCAGAUUUUGUUUUCCUCCCCCCGCUGCAGUUGUUUCCCAUUAGUAACUCGAUCUCUCAGAGCAGUAAGAUUCUCUUGCCUUUGCCUCCUUUCCCCUCCGCCCGUGUUUGUUUGUUUUCCGCACAUCUCCUUCAGGGAGCCGCUGGGGCUUUUUCUCCCCCCUUCUUUUUUUUCCUUUCCGAGCAGACCAAUUUCCACUCCGUCUGCCUCUUUCUUUCUUCUUGCCUCUCGCCCCCUCGCCCUCUGUCCCCGAGCGUCUCCGCAGCCCCCCAUCGCGCCGCCUCUGCGGUCCCAGCUUCUACUUCCCUCGGAUGAGCUGAGAGCCCCGGGCGUGUGUAUAUGGAAAUAGUGGGGUGCCGAGCAGAAGACAACUCGUGUCCUUUCCGCCCCCCAGCCAUGCUCUUCCACGGGAUCUCCGGAGGCCACAUCCAAGGCAUCAUGGAGGAGAUGGAGCGCAGAUCCAAGACCGAGGCCCGCCUGGCCAAAGGCGCCCAGCUCAACGGCCGCGACGCGGGGAUGCCUCCGUUGAGCCCUGAGAAGCCCGCCCUGUGCGCCGGCUGCGGAGGCAAGAUCGCCGACAGGUACUACCUGCUGGCCGUGGACAAGCAGUGGCACCUGAGGUGCCUGAAAUGCUGUGAAUGUAAGCUGGCCCUCGAGUCCGAGCUCACCUGCUUCGCCAAGGACGGUAGCAUUUACUGCAAGGAGGACUACUACAGAAGGUUCUCUGUGCAGAGAUGUGCCCGCUGCCACCUUGGCAUUUCCGCCUCCGAGAUGGUCAUGCGCGCCCGAGACUCCGUCUACCACCUGAGCUGUUUCACCUGCUCCACCUGCAACAAGACCCUGACCACGGGCGAUCAUUUUGGCAUGAAGGACAGCCUGGUGUACUGUCGCGCCCACUUCGAGACCCUCUUGCAAGGGGAGUAUCCACCUCAGCUGAGCUACACCGAGCUGGCGGCCAAGAGCGGCGGCUUGGCCCUGCCUUACUUCAAUGGCGCUGGCACCGUGCAGAAGGGGCGGCCCCGGAAGCGGAAGAGCCCCGCGCUGGGGGUGGACAUCGUCAGUUACAACUCAGGUUGUAACGAGAAUGAGGCCGACCAUCUGGACCGAGAUCAGCAGCCUUACCCGCCCUCGCAGAAGACCAAGCGCAUGCGCACCUCCUUCAAGCAUCACCAGCUCCGGACCAUGAAAUCCUACUUUGCCAUCAACCACAACCCGGACGCCAAGGACCUCAAGCAGCUUGCUCAGAAAACAGGCCUGACCAAAAGAGUUUUGCAGGUUUGGUUCCAAAACGCACGAGCCAAAUUCAGAAGGAACCUUUUGCGGCAGGAGAAUGGGGGUGUUGAUAAAGCUGAUGGCACGUCGCUUCCGGCCCCGCCCUCAGCAGACAGCGGCGCGCUCAGUCCACCCGGCACUGCGACCACUUUAACAGACCUGACCAAUCCCACUAUCACUGUAGUGACAGCCGUGACCUCUAACAUGGACAGCCGCGAAUCCGGAAGCCCCUCGCAAACUACCUUAACGAACCUUUUCUAACAUUGGUUUUUUUUUUUUAAAUUCUUCCUCUUCUUUUUAUUAUUAUUCCAAUGAUUAUUUUAUUAUUUACAAGACUUUUUUUUUUCCCCCUAACCCACAAGAUACUUGGGAAAUAAAAACAACAGCUUGGUGUGUAGCCUCUGCGGCCACUUGGCAAAUGAGUUUACAGUAUUGUCUCCUUUACAAAGUGUAUUUUUUUUUUUUGUCUACAAAGUGUAUUUGGAUUAAAAAAAAUUAAUUAGAUCUUUCAGUCGGUAAGGGGAGUUUGGGAAUCAUUCUAAUAAGUGCCUCUUAAAAUUGUAUGUUACUUAUUUCCAGAAUCUCGAAGAAAAAAAAAAGAGUGGUAUUAUGAUGGGCAAAUAAUCAUAUUCCCGGUUAUAUAAUUAGGUUAAUAAAGAAUCAGAUAAUUAAUUAAAAUUAUUUUUUUAAUCUUGCAAUUGUAUGUGUACUUAUGGAAUUUUGAAAACUUCAUUUGUCUUUUUUAAAAUGGAAAAAACCUGUUUUGAUUAUUCCUUUUUUUUACAGUUGAGGAAUAUGAUUAAACAAGAGCAUUAAGGAUAGCAAAUCUAAAUAUUAAAGAUUAAUUAGGUGGGAAAUCUAACCAGGAAUGUGACUCUUUUUUCCUCUUAGGAUGUACAUACCAACAAAACUUUCUUAUUAGUUAGUUAUUGCUUUUCAACAUUUGAAAAAUACUUAAACCUCCUGUGUAUCCAUGAAAAUUCCAAACAGAAUUUGAAAUUCUAUACUUUUAACCUCCUCAAGCUAAAAAUGAUAGUUAUAAAACCAUUCUUUCUAAAUUAUUUUUUUCCCAGGGAAAAUGGAAAUAAGCAAAAUAUAAUUUUUUAAGAAGUUAAAAAAAUCAGUAUAAUUUAAUCAAUAGCUCUUAAUUGGCUUCAGCUGUACCAUGAUAUUGUAUCUGGCAUUCUAUACAAAUAGUGUUUAAAAAAACAACAACUUAGUAACAUGCUAGCAAUGAGAAUUCUUUGCUUUUGUUUUGCUUCAUUUUACUUUGGCACAGGUUGAUGUAUUUGUCAGAAAAAAAAAAUUUCUGACAUUAGAGAUUUGAGGUUCUUAGUUUUAAAGUAGAUAAACUCAGAAGCCUUGUGGAUGCUGAUCUGAAUAUAUUUCCUAGUUUACAGUAGCAUUUUUUUUCUUUUAAUUUAAGCUAAAAUCUUAAUGGUCUGGGCAGUGGUGAAUGUUCAUCUAUAUGCUUCUGUUGUAGUUAAAUACCAAUUAGAUUGUGGAUUUCCU